AUGCCCGGCCUCAUUGAUGCCAAAGUAGACAUCGGUGCGUCGCCAGGUGCGCUUUCCACCUUUGCAGCCUUUGGCAUCACAACUGUCAUCGAUUCUACAAGCACAAACGCCGAAAGUCAGGCGAUGCACUUGGCUAUCUCAGAGAACCCAUCUCUCCCAUCUUAUUUCGCUACCGGUUCUGCUAUUGGGCCUAGAGGUGCCAGUUUUCUGGGCACGUUCCCCUUCCGCGCUGUCCAGAUUGCUACAACUCCAGCAGAGGCGAAAAUCGUUGUGGCAAAAAAUGUUUCUGCCUCAAGUGGAGCACGCUUCAUCAAGAUAAUCGUGGACCAGCCCGGCUUAGACUUCCAGACAAUUGCGGCUGCGGUCACGGCAGCUCACCAGCACGGGAGCCUGGCUAUCGGGCACGCCUCUCAAGCUGAUGCUUACAAGCUCGCGCUUGACGCUGGUUUUGACAUUGUUACGGCCGUUCCUGUGGACCGUGCGCUCGACGCCGAAGUAGUACGAGGAUUUGCGCAAAAGAGCAUUGGCGUCGUCCCCACCUCUCCUAUCUCCAGAAAGCAGUCCAUAUGGCAGAUAACACGGACUAUGACUUUGCUCAUGCCAUGGCUGCGGUGA